GAAAGGGCUGUUCGGUAUACUUGGAGCACUGCUGCCCUCUUCUGGCCGUUUGGGGGAUUGCAGCAGCGGCAAGGCGUCACAUUUAUUGUAAUAUUUAAUGAACACGUCCUAAUAUAUUCACCUUAACGAAAAAUAUAGCCAAAUGUAAUGAAUGUAUAUUUUUUGAAAAUACAGUGGUUAUUUAAUUGUUGACCUGGUCGUUGCCACGGUAACACUGUUGUAGUAAUAGCACAAGGCAACACAAUGUCAAGCAGCUAAAAGCAACAAUGGGGAACACAUGCACUUCUUGGGACACGACCUCGCCACACGACAAGAUUAAAGAUGCUAAAAUUAUCUUUGUGGUUGGUGGUCCCGGUUCCGGUAAGGGCACCCAGUGUGAGAGGGUGGUGGCCAAGUACGGCUACACCCACCUGUCGUCGGGGGAUCUGCUCCGCGCCGAGGUCAACUCAGGCUCGGAGAGGGGCAAGCAUCUUCAGGCCAUCAUGCAGAAGGGAGAGCUGGUGCCGCUGGACACCGUCUUGGACAUGAUUAAGGACGCCAUGAUCGCCAAAGCAAGUGUCUCCAAAGGCUUUCUCAUCGAUGGCUACCCCCGUGAGGUGAAGCAGGGUGAGGAGUUCGAGAAGAAGAUCGGCAAACCCUGCCUGCUGCUGUACGUGGACGCCAGAGCCGAGACCAUGGUCAAGAGGCUUCUGAAACGUGGCGAGACCAGCGGCCGCUCAGACGACAACGAGGAGACCAUCAAGAAACGUCUGGAUCUCUACUACAAAGCCACCGAACCCGUCAUCGCCUUCUACGAGAAGCGCGGCAUCGUCAGGAAGGUCGACUCUGAGCUUCCCGUGGAGGAGGUCUUCAACCAGGUCUCCAAGGCUAUUGAUGCCUUGUAACAACACCACACUGAGAACAGCUGGGUUAAGUAGAGUUGUCCGCAGACAACGUGAACAACUACAACGCCGCUCCAACAAAACCAAACAGCCAUAAACGAUGCCGGAAUUCCAAAUGAAAAAAAUUAAGACAAACGUUUUAGAAUUCUCGCAAAUUUAACUAAAUGAUGCUUGCUGACUUCAUUUUAUUAUACUUUGGGCGUCAUUUUUGCCCAGUCCUCAAGACAUUUAAAAAAUGUCAAAAUUGAUGAUCUAAUCUCAACUACACUAAUAAAAUGUCAACAAGCACAUUUCUAAAACUGCUUGUUUUUGGAAGUUGUUUUGACUGGGAAAUUGAGGAAAAUGCUCCCCAUUUUAACAAAAGUAAACCUGAAUGAAAAGACGGCAAACACUUCAGGGUUCAUGAAGUAGUUUUUACCUCAUCUUUUUGUCUAAAAAUGGUUGCAGUUUUAACAAAAGUAAACAACCUACAUGAAAAGUCAGCACAAACUAUUGGAAGUUGUUUUUUGCGUUGUGUCUAAGAAAUGGAAGUGACAAAACACGAGGAACAUAGACACAUUCUCAUUAUUUUAGCAAAAGUAAACAACUGAAAUGCAAGAUUUGAGUACCGUAUUUUCCGGAGUAUAAAUCGCACCGGCCGAAAAUGCAUAAUAAAGAAGGAAAAAAACAUAUAUAAGUCACACUGGAGUAUAGGUCACACUUUUGGGGGAAAUUCAUUUGAUAAAACUCAACACCAAGAAUAGACAUUUGAAAGGCAAUUUAAAAUAAAUAAAGAAUAGUGAACAACAGGCUGAGUAAGUGUACGUUAUAUGAGGCAUAAAUAACCAACUGAGAACGUGCCUAGUAUGUUAACGUAACAUAUUAUGGUAAGAGUCAUUCAAAUAACUAUAACAUAUAGAACAUGCUAUACGUUUACCAAACAAUCUGUCACUCCUAAUCGCUAAAUCCCAUGAAAUCUUAUACGUCUAGUCUCUUACGUGAAUGAGCUAAAUAAUAUUAUUUAAUAUUUUACGGUAAUGUGUUAAUAAUUUCACACAUAAGUCGCUCCUGAGUAUAAGUCGCACCCCCGGCCAAACUAUGAAAAAAAACUGCGUUUUAUAGUCCGAAAAAUACGGUAAUCCAGUUUCCAGCUUCCUUUACGUGUCAUAAGGGUCAUUAACACAACAUAACGUGCCUCUAAUCCAGCAGUAAAAAAUAAGGUCAUAGUGUAAUCUGACAUUGCAGCAUCACAAAAUCUGUUUGUCGAUAUAUAUAUAAAUGUUAACCAUUUUGUGCCAACUACAUGAACAUUGUACUUAUUUAUUUUCCUUCGGCAAGGACUGCUCCAGCACACCGCCGUCAACGUUGUCCAAAAGCACAGAUUCAUUUAUGUAAAUAAAGGUGCAAAAAAGACUGCAUUCUAAUAAAGAGAACCUAUCUAUG